CUCCAUACAUGUUGAGUUGGAUGCUGCCUGUAGACAAAUUAUGUAGUUUUGCAUAAGUUUUGCUCAGCUGUGUGCACUGAGUUGAGGGAGGUUACAUAGCAAUGAAAUUGGAACUACUUAGCUGGAACUGUACUAUUUGAACCCUGUAUUUUACUUAUAAUUAGUACCAAAUUACAUACAAUUUACAUUAUUUAUAAAUUUCUAUAUAUAUUUAUUAAUAAAUUACAGAACCAUAAAAUAAAGUGUUACAUUAAAAGGCCUUCCCCUAACUGUUGCCACAAAGCUUGAAUCACAUUGUUGUCUAAAAUGUUACUGUAUGCUGUAGUUUUAAGAUUUCCCUUCAUUAGAACUAAGGGGACCAAACGAGGAAAACAUCCCCAGAUUUUAAGUAUGUGGACAUACAGUAUGUCCUGAUACUUUUUGCCAUAUAGUAUAGUAUACUAUUGUAUUUUUAACACUUAUGUAUUAACAUCUAGGCAACAUUGUAAUUUUGCAGCUGGUCCAGGUCGAGCUCAUUCAUUUUAACUACUUUUUAUACUGUUGGGUAGUUUAACCUACAAUAAUGUAUCAUUUAAUAAACUCACCAUAUCUUUUAGGAAAAAUGACUUCAAAUGUGAUCACUUUAUCACCUGAAAUAACUGAUCUAAUUAACACAUUCAUCUCUGUACAGUUUCAACCAAAGCAAUUAAACAUGGCUAUUGCAAAGAUAAUAUUUAACAUUAUAUAAUAUUUAUCAUAAAUCAGCCAAUCUUACUAAGAACAGCUCUGCAUCUAAACAGAGACUGGAGGAAGAGUGGUAUGACAAGGACUACAAAAAUGUCAGAAAAAAACUGGACAGCAGUCCAACCUAAAACACCAUCAGCCACAAAACACAGACCUGAGAUGAAGUUAUGUUGAAACACUGAAAUAAUACAAACAGAUAAGACAUAAGAAAAAACAACAUGAUCAGAAACUACGGGAAAUUGAGUCCAUUGAUCAAAAUCAGUUCUGGGAGUGAUGGAACAACUUACACAACAAAAAAGACAACCUGGCCCUACAAAAUGGUAAUAUUUGGAAAGAUCAUUUUGAAAAACUAUAUGAACAAUGAAAGAAUUAGAACAGCAAAAAAAACCUAAAAUCUGGCAAAGCAUGUGGACCUGAUGGCAUCAGGACAGAGAUGCUGAAACACAGCAGCCCUGAGCUGAGACAGGCUCUGCUUCAGUUCUUCAAUCUCGUUCUUCAGUCAAGUUGCUUUCCUAAGAUCUGGCUUAUUUCCCCAAUACAUAAGAGGAGAUAAACUGGACUCUAACAGCUAGGCAUCUGUGUGAGCAGUAAUCUGGGGAAGGUUUUUUGCAAAAGACUUUUGAUUCCAUUUGGCAAGAGGGAUCAUAUUAUAAAAUUGUCCAAAUCAGGUGUAGGGGGUAAAUUUCAUGACAUAAAUAAGUCAAUGUAUGUCAGGGACCCCGCAGCAGUGUCUUUGUCUUGUGUCGCACUCUCUCACCUUUCGGGCCCAGCGCUGCCCCGAGGCGGCGGGUCAAAGAGACCCCGCGGCAGUGUGUCUUUGUCAUCCUCUUCUGCUGCCGCCGCUUCUAGAUCUUCAUCUAGGUCUUCUUGUCGUUUCGACAACCUCCCGGAAGACCCGGAAGACGAAUACAUGUCGGAAGAAGAAGAGGAAGACGGAGGAAGAGAAGAAGAAGGAGAAGAAGGAGAAGGAGGAAGAGAAGAAGACGACGAAGAAGGAGCCCGAGAAGAAGGGGCCCAGAGGCGACGCGGGUUCAUGUCCAAAGACGGCAAAGUCAUAUGGUACCCUGUGGCACUUCAGCACCGCAAACGGGGACACUCAAGCGACGAGAAGACCUCCACCUCCUCAUCAUCCUCAUCCACCUCAGCCACCACUGCCCUACUGCCCUAUGUGGGGCUGCUCAUCCUGGCCAGCGUCUACAGGUUCUAGGUCGAGGCCGCGGCCAGCCUGUGGGACGCAGAGAGCGGAUGGGCCGUGUUCCGUGCCGCCAUGCCUCUCAAGGUCUUUCACGCCUACUCCUCACUGCUGCGAUUUGACGACCGCGAGACCAGAGCCACCAGACACUCCGGGGACAAGCUGGCAGUGGUCAGGGAGCUGUGUGACAUGUUGCUGUCCCUUUAGGCAGUACAUGCCCAGCAAACAAGCCAAGUAUGGAAUCAAUCCUGGGUGGGCAGCUACGCCUGGAAGAUGCAGAUCUACGAUCUACACUGGGAAACCAGCAGCCGGUGGAGCCCUGGCCGCCGCCCCUGAAAGGAACCAGGGGAUGCGCGUCGUGCUCGACCUGACCGAGGACCUGAGGGUCCCUCCUACGAGCUCGGACGGCAGCUCCUCUGCCGGAACCUCACCAUGGUCGGCACGGUCAGGAAAAACAAGCCCGAGCUCCCGCCAGCACUGCUCGCCAACAAGGGCAGGGCGGUCCUCCCUGUUUACCUUCACGGGCACCACCGCCCUGGCCUCCUACGUACCCAAGAAGAACAGGCACGUGCUGCCCAUGAGCACGCUGCACGUGGAUGCCGCCAAAGUCAGCGACUGCAGCGACAGGAAGCCGGCCGUCGUCCUGCACUACAACAGGAACAAAGGUGGCGUGGACAAACUGGACAAGGUCGUCGCCACCUACAGCUGCAGGAGGAUAACCGCCCGCUGGCCCCUGGUCAUCUUCCACAACAUGCUUAAUGUGUCCACCUACAAUGCCUUCAUGAUUUGGCGAGAGCUCAACCCAGGCUGGCUGUCUGGCAAGCGUUAAAACCACUAUUAACUGAACCCUCUGUCUCUGUGUCUACUUCAGGGUCUGCCUAAAUGAAAACCUAACAGAGGAGGCGCACACAUAAACCUAUAAGCACAAUAACCAACUAAAUUAUUUGUAUCUCUAUCCAUACUCGGAAUGGGCGGGGCUUAAACUGGACAUGGGUGGGACUAAUCGGAAGUUGUUCAUUUAAGCCUGAAAUUGAUAUGGGUUGAUCAGAUGUUUAUUAGAAAACUAUAUGUUUUGAAUGAGGUUUAUGAAUGAGGUUCAAGGUCACUUUAAGUCUGCUGUCCUCUAUCUACUGAAUCCACCGAUGUGUUCUCCCUUCCAGCUAGUAUUAAAAAAAUUAAGUUCUAUCAUUGUAAAAAACAUCUGUCCCAGUGGUUAGACAAUUUUAAACACUUUUUUCCUUUCCUUUUCCAGAAUAUUACACAGUAACAUCAGAGUCUACUGAGACAACAUCAACACCUGAACCAACUAAUCCGACAGAAACAGUAACCUCUGAGCCUGCCGAGACAACCGUGGACCCUGAACCAACUGCUCAGACCAACACAUUAACAUCACAGUCUGCAGAGACCACAUCCUCACCUGAAUCUACAGUUUCUACAGAUACAGUAACGCCUGACAAUGCUGAAGCCACGUCAGUGUCUGAAUCAACUGUUCCAACUGAUUCAGUAACAUCUGAAUCAACCAGUCCCAUUGACAAAGUAACAUCAGAAUCGGCCUGUUAUGGUGCACAAGCUAAGGACCCAAACAGUCUUUAUUACCUAUGAAUGGGGUGAAAGUGAUAUGUAGUUGAAGCACUUUGAGUAGUCAGAAAGACUAGAAAGGCGCUAUAUAAGUAGAGUCCAUUUACCAUUUCCACACUAAACAGGAAGCGCAUCACGUCUUUCAAGCAAUUAUUAACGAUCAUUUCACUUCUUUAAGAAGAACUUUAUUAAUUUAAAGUUAUUUAUGAUUAUCUUUGAUAAUUCUGAUAUCCAUAAUUAAUUGAUCACGCCUACACAAGUGGGUGCCCCCCUUGAAACAUUGUAAAUCACAACACACAGCUGUUGAAUAAACGUCUUAUGCUUAUUGUUUUUAGAUUAGACUGUAGUGGUUGUUAGCUUAAGUUAUUGUUAAUCAUUGCUAAG